UUGGCCUUUGCGCCUGCGCGCUGCGGCCAGCUCAAGGACCCGGAUUUAAAGAGACAGGCGCUACAACCGUCGUGGCGGCGCGCGGCCUGGGGGCGCCUGGUCGGAGGCCUAUGGUGCGCGCCGGAGCCUGGAAGGCAGCUGUAUGACUCUGGCUUUCAAGAUCCUCUUCCCACCAGUCUUCCGUGCCCUCAGCCGAAGAGAACCCUGCCUGUUCCGAGAACAUCACUGGCCUGACACAAGACAGUUCAGCCAGUGGUCAGAAACAGACCUGCUUCAUGGGCGCUGCCUCCUCCACAGAAGAAAGCCAUUUCUGUCAUUCCAGGAAGGCAGUCUAAGACCGUGUGCCACCUGCUUUGUUUCCUUGCCAGGGUCGCAUGUGGGACUCUGCAGUGGCCCCUGUGAGAUGGCUGAGCAGCGGUUCUGUGUGGACUAUGCCAAGCGUGGCACAGCUGGCUGCAAAAAAUGCAAGGAAAAGAUUGUGAAGGGGGUGUGCCGCAUCGGCAAAGUAGUGCCCAAUCCCUUCUCGGAGUCUGGGGGUGAUAUGAAAGAGUGGUACCACAUCAAAUGCAUGUUUGAGAAACUGGAGCGGGCCCGGGCCACCACAAAAAAAAUCGAGGACAUCACGGAGCUGGAAGGCUGGGAAGAGCUGGAAGAUAAUGAGAAGGAACAGAUAAGCCAGCACAUUGCAGAUCUGUCUUCUAAGGCAGCAAGCACACCAAAGAAGAAAGCUGUUGUCCAGGCUAAGCUGACGGCCACUGGCCAGGUGACAUCUCCAGUGAAAGGUGCCUCGUUUGUCACCAAUACGAAUCCCCGGAAAUUUUCUGGCUUUUCAGCCAAGCCCAACAACUCUGGGGAAGCCCACUCAAGACCUACCCCUAAGAGAAGUCUGUCCUCAAGCAAGUGUGACCCCAAGCAUAAGGACUGUCUGCUGCGUGAGUUUCGGAAGUUGUGUGCCAUGGUGGCUGAAAAUCCCAGCUACAACACAAAGACCCAGAUCAUCCAGGACUUCCUUCGGAAAGGCUCGGCAGGAGAUGGUUUCCAUGGUGACGUGUACCUAACAGUGAAGCUGCUGCUGCCGGGUGUUAUUAAAAGUGUUUACAACUUGAAUGAUAAGCAGAUUGUGAAGCUUUUCAGCCGCAUUUUUAACUGCAACCCAGAUGACAUGGCACGAGACCUAGAGCAGGGUGACGUGUCAGAGACAAUCAGAGUCUUCUUUGAGCAGAGCAAGUCUUUCCCCCCAGCUGCCAAGAGCCUCCUUACUAUCCAGGAGGUGGACGAAUUCCUCCUGCAGCUCUCCAAGCUCACCAAGGAGGAUGAGCAGCAACAGGCCCUGCAGGACAUCGCCUCCAGGUGUACAGCCAAUGACCUUAAGUGCAUCAUCAGGUUGAUCAAACAUGAUCUGAAGAUGAACUCAGGUGCAAAACACGUGUUAGAUGCCCUUGACCCCAAUGCCUAUGAAGCCUUCAAAGCCUCACGCAACCUGCAAGACGUGGUGGAGCGGGUCCUCCGCAACGAGCAGGAGGUGGAGAAGGAGCCCGGCCAGAGACGGGCUCUGAGUGUCCAGGCCUCGCUCAUGACCCCGGUGCAGCCCAUGCUGGCGGAGGCCUGCAAGUCCAUCGAGUAUGCGAUGAAGAAGUGUCCUAAUGGCAUGUUCUCUGAGAUCAAGUACGAUGGGGAGCGAGUCCAGGUGCAUAAGAACGGGGACCACUUCAGCUACUUCAGCCGCAGUCUCAAGCCUGUCCUGCCUCACAAGGUGGCCCACUUUAAGGACUACAUCCCCCAGGCGUUCCCUGGAGGCCACAGCAUGAUCUUGGACUCUGAGGUGCUCCUGAUUGACAACAAGACAGGCAAACCACUGCCCUUUGGGACUCUGGGAGUGCACAAGAAAGCUGCCUUCCAGGAUGCUAAUGUCUGCCUGUUUGUUUUUGAUUGUAUUUACUUCAAUGAGGUCAGCUUGAUGGACAGGCCUCUGUGUGAGCGGCGGAAGUUUCUUCAUGAUAACAUGGUUGAAAUUCCCAACCGGAUCAUGUUCUCAGAAAUGAAGAGAGUCACGAAAGCUGCAGACUUGGCCGACAUGAUAAACCGGGUGAUCCGAGAAGGGUUGGAAGGGCUGGUGCUGAAGGACGUGAAGGGUACAUAUGAGCCUGGAAAGCGGCAUUGGCUGAAAGUGAAGAAAGACUAUUUGAACGAGGGGGCCAUGGCUGACACAGCUGACCUGGUGGUCCUUGGGGCCUUCUAUGGGCAAGGGAGCAAAGGUGGCAUGAUGUCCAUCUUCCUCAUGGGCUGCUACGACCCAAGCAGCCAGAAGUGGUGCACAGUCACCAAGUGUUCAGGAGGCCAUGAUGAUGCAACGCUCGCCCGCCUGCAGAAGGAACUGGACAUGGUGAAGAUCAGCAAGGAUCCCAGCAAGAUACCCAGCUGGCUGAAAAUCAAUAAGAUCUACUAUCCUGACUUCAUCGUCCCAGACCCAAAGAAAGCUGCCGUGUGGGAGAUCACAGGGGCCGAGUUCUCCAAAUCUGAGGCUCACACCGCCGAUGGGAUCUCCAUCCGAUUCCCUCGCUGCACCCGAAUCCGUGAAGAUAAGGACUGGAAAUCUGCCACUAACCUCCCCCAGCUCAAGGAACUGUACCAGCUGUCCAAGGAGAAGGCGGACUUCACUGUAGUGGCCGGAGAUGAGGGGAGCUCCACCACAGGGGGCAGCAAUGGAGAGAAUGAGGGCACCUCGGGGCCUGCUGUGUCGUGCAAGGCCCCCAGAGCCUCCCCCAAGCAGCCCUCCACUAGUGCCAAGAAGGCGGGAGGGAAGCUGAGUAGCCCCAACAGCAAAGGCGGCAGCAAGCCCACUGCAAAGCCAUCCCCUGUGAAAGGGGGACAGAAGCUGGUCACAGAGUCUUCUCCCUUGAAAACGGGGGAGAAGCGGAAGGCUCCUGAUGAGACCCCAUGCCAAACAAAGAGUAUGGGCCCCGGUUUGAAGGGAGGGAACCAGGAUCAGGUAGGAAAAAUGGGGCCUUUAUGAAGAAAAGGGAGGUUGUUUGGGCUAUUCCUCUGGGGGAUAUGGGGCUCCAGGAGGCUCUGCCUCCCCAAAAUCAGAAACAAGACUGCUCUUUAAGAGAAAAACCACCUGAGAACAAAUCUACACAGGCUGCUUACAAAGAACGGCUCCUGUUCUUUGUAACAGAUCGCCAAGGCCGAUCUAUUUGAAUAAAAAGCAGUUGAGUAUAGAUGAGUGCUGGUCCACAGAACUCUUUGUGGCAAUGUAAAUCUCCGCUGGCUGAUAGGAGACAACCACAUUCAGCUGCUGAGCACUUGAAAGGUGGCUAACAACUGAGAAAAGGGAGUUUUCAUUUUAAUUCGACUCUAAAUGGUCACAUGUGACAUUGGACACUGUGGGUGUAAACAGACCUGGUUCAAAUCCAAGCCCCGAAACUUAACAGCUGUAACCUCAGGCAAGUUAACAUCUGAGCUUCCAUUCCUCCAAGAGGAACGGGGAUAGGAAUUGUGCCUAAAUCACAGGGUUGCUGUAAAGAGUAAGUGCACUCAAGGUCCAUUAUAUGAAGCACUUAGCACAGAGGUUGGCGCACAGCUAUCUACUAGGAAAAUCAACAUUGGCAUGCAUGUCCAAACCCUACCCAGGGUUGGGGCGUGCUGGCCAUUAAUGUCAGAACUGUCAGACCACUUCUACAGCCUCACGUCUGCACGGUACAGCUCACAUUCUGGUCUGAGUGCAGCCUUGUCAGGUUGCCGUCUGGUUAUAGACUGACUUCCGUGUUCUCAGUUCUGCUGACUCCUGAGGGUGAGGUUCUCUUUUCUCUUAUUAUCAACAAAUUAGCAGGCUUGUUUGUUUGUCCUUCCCCUGUGAGUUAGGUUAACGUGAUUCAACCUCUGGAACAUACUUGAGUAUCUGGGCCUGUAAGAUUGAGGACCACUGCCUCCCCCCAGCUCUCCUCCAGUGUGGUCAGCUAAGGUCAUACUCUGCUGGGAGGCUGCUUGCCAGUCAGCUGGGAAGCCAUCUUUAACCUGGCUGCCUGGGUUUCCACCUGCUGGUUAAAAUGUGUUGGGAGGAAGGGGCAGGAGGGGGAGGUACUGCCUUGAUGCUAGCCCAGGCCAUUUGCUGUUUUUGAAUAGGCACCAUUCAGUCUGGCUUCAGUAUCAAGAAUAAGACACUCUUUUAUUCUAUGCUCUGUGGUGACAAAAGCUGCUCCUCCUUUCAGCACUGACCUACAUAAAUUUCCACCCCCCUCUCCAGGCUCCUCAGGCCAAGCAGCUGGACAGGGCAGCAGAACAAGGCUCUCCCCUUAGGAUUCUGCCAAAGGACACUGACACUGCCCUUCAGCCUGGCUGACCUAGACUCAGCCCCACCUGCCUUUACUGGUCGCUUACACUCAGGGUGCACCCUCACAGUAAAGGGGCCCCCGCCAGCUGGAGGGGAUCAUAUCAGUACCGAGCUUGGUCCUUUGGCCCUUCCUGCCUUCUCGGGUGGUAAUUCACUAUUGAAGGUGUUUUGUCUGUUUCCUUCCAGUCUUUCUGACACACGAUUUUUCUUCACAGCUGAGAUUAUACUGUAUAUAUAUUUUCAUAUCCUUUCAUGUAUUUUUCACAGAUCCUUAGCAGCAUCAUCUUAAACCUCCCCAGAAUGUUGGAGGCCUGCCCUCCUUUGGGCCUUGGUUUACAUGCUUCUGGCUGGUAGCAAACAAGACGUCAUCCUGGGCCCUCAUGUGGUCAGCGGCCCAGAAGAAUGAGGACAAAGUGCUGUGGCUCAGCCUCAAGCCUUUACACCCUUUGGGCAAGAUUCCUUCCUCUUUCCUCAGUCACACAGCAGAUCUGCACAUAACCUAGUUUUCCCAAAGGCUGCAGUCUCAGGAGCCCCCUCCCCUGGGCACCUGGUCAGGAAGGUGUGUAUAGGCCUGUGCACACACAGCAGUCUGCCCCUGAGGAUGGGCCAACCUCUGAGCCGCACUCCAAGUACCACAGCUGUAUCCAAAAGCUACCAUCCAUCUCCCAGGGUCGCCUGAAGACUUAACAGGCACACUGGCUAUCCUCAGAUCCCCUUCUACCCACAUCUUUAAGGCCCAUCUCUACCAAAUCAGCAUCAGUGUCUGAACUCACUUGGUGCUGCUUCUAUUUAGUUUUAGGAUUGGUCCUUUCUCUACUCAGCUCUCACUCUCUUCUAAGGCUGUUCCAUGGCCUCUCCCACAUACUAGUUGUGAGAUCUUGAACAAGUCACACCACCACUAAGCUUCAGUUUCCUUGUCUGUUGAACAGGGAUAUCUUGAUCAA